AUGGCUUCUAAUGAACUGGUUAAGGGGGACCGAUUCCCUCCGUGGCAAGCCAAGGGCCGCAAAUUACGACAAUGGAUGGAAGCUUCGAAAACUGGUGAGCGCAAGAUCCGGCAGUCCUCACUAAGACUUCGUGAUUUGGACCAGGCUUCUUGGAUAAUUUGCAUCAUACCAAAGUGUUUACCAUUGAGAGAGAAUCUACUUAUCCGCAGGGUUGGAGGUCUUCCGACCGAGUGGAACACAGGCGAGCAACGGCCCCUGUACAAAAAGGUUAGUAUCCGCAGUCACCAAGAUGACGUAGAGACCCCCGCAACGGAGUGGUAUGGCUUUGUUGGUCUAGGUAUGUUAUCUAUAUCCUGGGUUUUUAGACCACAGGAGGAUUUUGUGGUCGUUGAUGGACAGCAUGAACCUUACAUUUCGGAGAUAUCGAAGGCUGUGUACGAGAAUAGCUUUCCGCUUGACACCUUGAAGUAUGUUUUCGUGACUGGUCUAUCUGAGGAUGACACCAAGCAAUGCUUGAACUACUACAUAUCUAGUGAUCGUCGUGAUGACCUGUUUUAUGAAAGUUGGGAAUAUACUGAACCGCAGUGUGACGCCCUACUUGGUACCAAAAUUGGUAAAACCGUGGCAUACCUUCUUCUUGGUGCGUUUGGACAGGGCGUGAAGCGAGUGCGGAGAAUUGCUGUCAUCUCCGAGGUUGGUCAAGACUGGGAUCUACGAUUUGACAUCGAAGAUGUACCACUGGAAGGUGAGUUUUGCAUUGUAUAG